AAUCGUUCCUUCCUGGCUCCUCCUCGUGGCGGUAAUGGUGCUUGUUGACUGGCUCGCGAAUCUCGGCCCUGGAGUGGCUGGCUGCUGCUGUUGCUGUGCCGUGCUUGUGCUGCUCGUGACUUACCGCCGGUACUGUUCCCGGUCCCUUUGGGCUCGGUCGCUCUGCUGGCUCAUGUCACGCACCGAGAGGCCGCUCUUCAGGGUCGCUUACAGUUUGUACACAAAGACCCGACUGGGUUACUUGUUCCACAAGAGACAGUUAAAGAAAGCUCGGGAUCGACACCCAACAGGACACUCCUUCACACAGCCAUCAAUUUUUAAUGAUAUCAAGAUUGUGCCUGUUCCAAUCCUGUCUGACAAUUACAGCUAUUUGAUUAUUGACACGCAUGCCAACAUCGCUAUUGUGGUUGACCCAUCUGAUCCCCAGCUGGUUCAGGCAUGUCUUGAGCAGGAAGGAGCAGAACUAGAGGCCAUCUUGUGUACCCAUAAACACUGGGACCACAGUGGAGGAAACAAAGCACUGAAAAAGCUACACAAAUCCUGUAAGGUUUAUGGGAAUUCCUUUGACAACAUUCCUGGUCUGACACACCCUCUGUCCGAUAAAGAUCAGAUUGAAAUUGGGCAGCUGAAGUUGCAGGCAUUCUUUACCCCGGGACAUACUGUUGGGCAUAUGGUUUACCUUCUGGACGGUAAAUCAUUUGGUGGACCACCCUGUCUGUUUUCCGGAGAUCUCCUUUUUCUUUCUGGCUGUGGUCGGAUAUUCGAAGGGAAUCCAUUGACCAUGCUCUCAUCGCUGGACACAGUGAUGGCCCUAGAUGACGAUACCUUACUUUGGCCAGGUCAUGAAUACGCGGAGGAGAACCUCUUGUUUGCCACAACCAUCGAACCACAGAAUGCAGCUCGAGAGACAAAACUACAGCAAGUUCUAGAACAGAGACAGCAGAAACUCUGCACGUGUCCAUCAACAAUCGGUGAAGAAAAAGAAUACAAUCCAUUCCUUCGUACUCACACCAGCGAACUUCAAGAUUCACUGGGCCUCCAGCGUGCUUCUGAUGAAGAUGCAACCCAUUUCAGAGCCAAAGUCCUUGAGGAAGUUCGGAGAUGCAAAGAUCUGUUUAAGAGCCGAUAGAGACCCAUAUCCUACUCACCCUAACAUCCACAUCUUCCAAAACAGGAAUACACGGGAUGAAUUAAUAUUUUUUUGGAAGAGGAGGUUGUUUUAGAUGCUCGCCUUGGAAAUACCAUAAAAGUUCAUCUUGACAUCUGAAAUAAAUUGAACUUUAAAUGUAACUUUAAUACUAAAACACACUGAAUUCAUUUGCACACCACAGAUGCAAAUGUUAAACAGAAAAAUAUUUCAUUGGUUUGUUUUGUAGACAAUGACUAAAACUGAAGACAUUCAAUAUUUUUUUGCCUUCAGAAAAUCAGUGAUGGAUUCUUGAGGACUUGUAAUGGAUGGGGUUCUGUCUGCCUUGGAGCUGUCGCACCCAGCGAUGUGGAAGACAGCAGGGCAAUAUAAUUGCACAGUCUUAUCUUGGGUGGUAUAGCACAGAGGCUUAAGGAACUGAGCUGCUAACUAGUGUCAUUGUGUAGUCCUGAGUUUGAGUUCCUCCAUCUGCACUUGUGAACUUUGUGACUGUGCAAGUCACUUAACCAGACAGCGGUCCUGGGUAAUAUCUGAAAAGAAGCACAUCUGCCUAAUGGGCUUGCCUGUUUAAUAACUGAAGUAAGAAAUGUUGUUUAUCACUAUUUCAUAACCAAGGUACACCUGAAAGGCACACCUAAGGGCGGUAACGGACUGUGAUGAUGCUUCUUUGAUGCCGGCUAGUUUGUUCUCCUUACUUUUGCCCUUUAACUGAUCUGUAGCAUUUGGAUGAAAACUGCUGAGUUUGGUUGAGUAAUUUCGAUUAAUGUGCUAAACUAAGGCUGCUCUGGGCAUCUGAUUGUGCUUUGCAGUUUUCAGGCAUUAUUACAAGAUAAUCCACUGUCUGUAGUGGCGCUUAUUAUA